AUGGUUUCAAAAUCUCAAAGUAAGGAGGCUCAAGCGUCAAAAGGUCAAGGCAAGGACAUUGCUGUUUCAAAGGCACAAAUGGGUGAAUCCAAAUAUGUUCCAAGCAAUCCCGCAAAGAAGAUGAAAUUUUCUUCAUCCUCCGAGAAAGACCCAAGCUCUACGAUAUUUGAUGCAAUGACGAAAUCGACUUGCGGUAUCAACACAAUGAGCCAUGUUGUGAAGAGGAAAAUCCAGAAGAUUAAGCAUGUGGUUGAGUACAAUAAAAGUGGCAGACCACAUGGCAAGGCUGCUAUUGAGAUGCAGAGUUACAUUGGUGUUUUGGCACGCACCAGAAUCCCUCUUGUGGACAAGAAAUGGACUCAAUUGCCCAAGGACCUGAAGGAGCAGAUUUGGGAAGUUGUUCAAAUGGCUUAUGUUGUUGGGGAAGGGGGCAAGAAGAUGGUGCUGUCGUCUGCCGCCAAAAAAUGGAAGGAUUUUAAAUCUACCUUAACUAGGCAGUUUAUCCUUCCAUUCGCAAACGAAAAGGAGAAGUUAAAAGAGUCCCCUCAGCUUUAUAACUUCAUAAAGAAAUCGCAAUGGGAUGCCUUUGUAGCUUCAAGGUUAUCCCCAGAUUUUGAGGCUGUGCAUUCUGAGCAGUCACAAAGAAGGGAGAAAUGCGAGUACAACCAUAGGUUGUCUCGAAAAGGGUACGUUGGUUUGGAGGAUCAAUUGGAAGAAACCAUGCCUAGUGAAGAAAUUGAUCGAUCUCUGCUAUGGAAGAAGGUAAGAGAAGAUAAACAGGGAAACAUCCCUGAUCCAAAGGUUGCAGAGAAGGCAAAAUUAAUCGAUGAUUUGAAAAAACAAGUCUCCGAGGGCACUCUGACUGUCUUUGAGAGCAACGAUGUUUUGACCUUGGCUUUGGGAACCCCUGAGCAUGGUGGGAGAGUCAGAGGUGUUGGAGCUGGGGUUUCCCCAACUUAA